UAUUAAUAGGUGAAACGCUGUCGUACCUAUCUUACCUGGUUCACGCUAGGCUUGAGUUGAGGCCUGUGGUGUCGAGUAGGCCUCGCUGCACGGUAUGCUAAUGCUAAUGCUAACGUUUGCCCGCGCCUCCAGUGAAUGCAGCAGCAGUCACUCCCCUCAACACCACCGCAUGACCAUCACACAGGGAUCUCGUUAUAUAAUAUCAUGUCGGGUAUUUAGCACUUACUGCAACAUUGCAUUUACUCCACAGACUCUGGGGUGUAAAUAGAGCUGAUAAAGGUUAAUCAAUCAACCUAAUCAUCAACAAAUUUGAUAAUGUGUUACUUGUUGAAUCAGUUUUCAAGCCAAAAUGCAAGGAUUUCAACUAUAUAUUAUGUUUUUCAUAUGAUAAUCUGUAAUUUAUGUAUGAUUACGUGUUGAGCCCCAAAAUGUAAGAAAAUACAUUCUAAAAAAUUGCUAUUAUAACUUCCCAUUGUCAAGUUUAAGUUAUCUAGUUGGCAGUGAUUAAAAAAAAUCAAAAGCAAAGUAGUAAUAAUAAGUAGUAAAGCACAACGUUUUUGUUUUGACAAAUCACCUUUAAAACUAUCAUAUUUUAUUAUCAAUAUUAUUGAGAGUUAAUUAACAGUUUCAGCCUUGUAAAAUAUCAAAUACUAGCCUGCCCAAGACUCUCUGUCUUUCUCUGCUUUAAGUCACUGUAGGCUAAAUAGAUUAUGGUGUGUUUUAUCUGAUAUUUUAAGGAAAUUUAAUCAAGUAUUUGGUAAAGUAAUUGUCAAAUUAACCAAAAUUAUGAUAGGCUAAGAUAAGAUAAUGCUUUUAGUGCAAAUAGGAAGCAUCAAUAGAAAAUAAAAUGAAGUAUGUAGCAAAGUACGUACAAUAAGUAAACUACAAAAAUAAAGAGCAGUAUAAUAAAAAUAUAAUAUAAUAUAAUAAGGAAGCAUCAAAAAGGAGCAGAAUAUAAUAAAGAGAGCCUGAAUGGCUGAUUUUACGUUAUUGACUGAUGGAAGUCAGUUAAAACUGCUGAUAUUGCACUUGAGGGGCUGAUUGUAAGCAGUAAAAAAUAAAUGCAACAUAUAAUAAUAAUAAUAAUAAUAAUAAUGUAUGUAAACAAGGUUAAAUUUUAUUUAGAAAGCUCAAAAUCACAAUUUGCUUCAGGACUUUGCAGCACACAACAUCCCCCUGUUCUUGGUCCCUCGAAUAAACUAAAAUAAACUUUAAUGGGGUGAAAAUGGUCAAAACCUCAGCAAAGGCAACCCAGGAGGGAUCCCUCCUCCAAGUUGCAGCCCUAGCUGUAACAGCAUCUGCUUAACGUAAUAAAUGCUGAUGUUACACUAAGUGGAAAAACAAAUUAGCUCAGUGUUAAUAUUGUUAUGUCAGUUACUUCCUGCCGGCCAUCCCUCGGGUUCCCUACAUCUCACUCGGGAUGCUAAUGAGCUCCCGCGAUACAUACUCUGUUUACAGUAUUUUAACAUUGACAGUAGUAAGAAAUAAUUGUUCUCUGCUUUGUAUUUUCCUGUAUCGGUUUACACCUGGCUUCUCAGCAGGUAGGACGUCAAGGACUGUAACAACAGAAGAUAUUCAAAGCAUCACUGAUUGACACUGAUCUUGGCUUACUGACAAUCUGUUAAAAAUCAAUGUGCUAACCCUACAACCAGGGUUGUAACUUUUUUGUCCACCUACCAUACUUUUAGCUGGUGAGUGAAACAAAUCUAGCAGCCACAUGCCAAUUUCCAGCCCUGUUUUACAACACACUGUGAAAAAAUAUUUCUAAGAUGGAUUGUUGGUCUAAUCAGAGUCAGAGAGUAGCUGAAAGUUGGUUGUCUCUGGGGACACAAAGCUCAUUCAGGUCAGUUUGAAGAAGGCAUGUUGGGUCUCCUUGUUUGUAUUCUUUGCACAACAUAUCUGUAUUUUCUUCCAGUGACUCUCCCUUGCCUGUGACUUCACGUGUCUGUUUUGUAAAGUUCCUUGAGUCUGAGUCGGUGGGAGUUUCCCAACACCUGACGAACACUGUCUUCGUGGACCGAGCCUUGAUCGUGGUCCCUUUUGCUGAAGUGGACAAGUCAUUUGCAGAGAGCCCCUUCCUUGCUGGCUGAAAGUGGUCCUCUGCUGCCAUCAGGAGAUUAGAAAAAAUAAUGGCACCAGGCUCGCAAGCCCCCUUCUCUCUGUUGUUCUGCAGUAAAACAUUAACUCUUUAUUUUUUUUCUCUCUGUCCAAGGCAUCUUUAUUUUUUAUUUUUUGAAUUAGCCACACAACUCUUAUGCAAAAUGAGGGGGUGGUGGGAAAUCUCAAUUCCUCAAAUGGUCAAAGAAUUUUAAAUAUUUUUUAAUUAACAUGUAUGUUGAUUAGUAGGCAUGCACCAGACUAGGGAUGCCCCGAGCAGAUCCGCUGGUAGAUCGAGACAAUUUUUCCAUUAUUGGUAAUGAUUUUUAAGCCUGAACCAUUUCUGAUCCUCUGUUUAUAUUUGAAGCUUUUGCACUCUGGAUACGCCAGCUGUCUAAAUGUCCCACUGUGCUUGAACCAGUAAACAUUAACAGUGAGUUUCAGUUUAUAUCAACACUGACGGCAUGCAUCCACGAGAAAAUCUACUGUAAGCUAGUUGCUUUGGCUCAAUUUCAGCAACAUUUUCCAGAUGUUGUACACCUAAAACACUGUUUAAAUGCUGGCAUAGUGUAUAAGUUAUGUUGCAUAGCAUACAUGUAGUUUAUUUAUUGCCAAGACCACGCUGACACUCCUUUGCCCAUUGAUAUGACACACAACGCUGAAGGAAACAUUUAAACACCCUUCAUGUACACACAGGUGUCUUCAGUUACUGGCUGAUGAGACAAAAUGUUAGGUUGAAGGUGGACGGGGCUAAGCUUGGUGUUUGGUUGAUGCAAGAUGUCAAUCAGAUCACAGUCUAAAGGUGCACACAGUUCUCAGGAGACAUCUGAUCAACCACCCAAGUGAAGACGUUACCUGUGUGGGUGUUGAGGGUGUGGCUUUGUUUUUUAUAACACACACACACACACACACCUACCUGCCCUGGGAGACAUUUUCACCUCCCCUCUGCCCUCAGGAAGAUGUUAUCGGACAAUUGAAACACACCAGCAGACUGUUGAACAGUUACUACACUAAAUAUUGCACUGAAAUCACACAGCCAGUAAUAUUUAAUAUUUGUACUUACGUUGGUACUGCUUGUGUGUGUGUGUGUGUGUGUGUGUGUGUGUGUAUGUAUGUAUAGAGUAUGAAUGAAUAUCUUAUCCCCUCCAUUAUUACUUUUUUUUUUAUUAGGUCUGUUCUGUGCAUUAGAUUUUGUUGUAUUGAUUUACAGUGAUAAAAAAGGAAUCUGUUGACCCAACUGGAUCACCAUAUUAAAUGUAAUUUGGCAUGACUGGGCAAAGUGUGCACUGUGCAGCUUCGUUAGAGAUAAAUAUAAAUACUGGAUCAGGACUUUGGCGUAAUGCUCAUAUCGAACACAUCAGAUCAGGGAACAAUGUUCGGGACAUCCCUACACCAGCACAGAGCAUGCAGGAUAGAUGAACUAAUCAGCUGUGCAUGCUAGAAUAGAUGUUGAAGGUGUGUGCCAUCAUCAGCACAGUGACUUUCAGCAGAUGUUGUGGAAGAUGAUUAGCAUAUAAUCUGGUUGUUAAUCAUGAUAAGCGCACAAACUGCCUUUGGCGUUUACUCGCUUCAUGUGCCAAAGCUUGGUUAUUAUUUUUACACUCUGCAUCUGUAUUUCCAAAUUUUUUACUAACACACGAGAUAAAAGUAGUUUUAAUAAGCCUCUGCUUGAUGUUGCAGUAAAAUGCUUUUUUUUUUUAUUGACCCUCUCCACACAUGACUCUGAAAGAGUUGAGUGAAUCUCACGUUUAACAGUGGUGUUUCUUUUGUUGUUGUGUUUUACAGUUCUUUUUCCUGGUUCAGCCAGCCCUAUAUACCAGGCCCUGCUGAAAAUGCCACCAACAGUUUUGUCUUCUGCAGCCUUAUCCUGUUUCUCAAGUGUCCUUUCUGUUGUGUGUGUGUGCGCGUGUGUGUGUCUCUCUCUCUCUCUCUCCCUCCCCUUUUAAAAUGUCAAAUGUCAGAUUAAAAAAUAGCCUGUUUUCAGAUUGCACCAUGGAUGAUCAUCUCCAUAAGAUUUUCCCUUUGAUUUUACUGUUUGGUUUCUUCAGCUUUGGGCACAUUUUUCUUGAUUUUAUCACAGCUUUUGCUGGCAGUAGUCCCAUAACUGUUUAGUGCAGCUUAUCUUUGACAUUGUUUAGUGUUUCUAGUGACAGACUGUUGGCUAAAACCUAGCAACGCUGUAGCUUGUAAGCAAUAUUUAUCUCGUUGCCAAGUAAGAUUUUAUUUUGUGGUGGGAUUGUACAAAGUAACCACCAACAAAAGCCCAGAAAAGGUAAUAUGUGUGAGCCUUUUCUGUUUCUGUAUUGGUAAUGGUAAUGGAUGGUAAGUGAUGUUGAAUUGUACCCAUGUGUCUACACCCAAAUCAUGAACUUUGUUUUCUGUAUCUCAAUGUUUUUGUGUGCUUUAUAGCGAAGCAGCCGGCACGAGUCGCUUGUUCAUAAAACAUCUAAUGAAAGUUGAGAGCACAUCCCACGGGACAACUGGCUGUGCUUGCUUACGUUUGGUUCAUGACUUAAAAAACAAGUACAGGAGUCAUUCCUGAUGAAUCUAAAGCUAUGUCGCUGCUGGCUCCAGCCAAUGCCGUGGCAGGAAUGAUGCCUGGGGGAGGCCUUCUUCCAACACCCAAUCCUCUGGCAACAAUGGGAGGGACGCCAUUCGGAGGUCUUGGAGCUCCCAACAUGGAGCAAAUGGCUGCCAUGGGAAUGCCGGGCCCUAACAUGAACCCCCAGGCUCUUUCUGCAGACUUCCUGAAGCUCAUGCAGUCCAUGGACCCCAAAUUGAAUCCAUUAGCGGCUGGACUGAACUUGAAUCCAGGGCUGAAGAAUGAUGCCUCCAACAAGGAGAUCGAAGAGGCCAUGAAGAGAGUCCGAGAGGCCCAGUCUCUCAUCUCUGCCGCCAUUGAACCAGGAAAUAAGAAGGAUGACAAGCGCAAACAUUCCCGCUCUCGUUCGCGGUCACGGCGCAGGCGGUCCAGGUCUCGCUCAAGACACAGACGUUCGAAGAGCAGGUCUCGGCGGAGGUCCCAUUCAAGGAGUAGGAGGAGGUCCAAGAGUCCACGGAGGAGGAGGUCCCACUCCAGGGAUAGAGGCCGCCGCAGUAGAUCUAGGGACAGGAGGAAGGAGGAGAAGUCUAAGAAAAGGUCAAAGACGCCCCCCAAGAGCUACAGCAGUGCCAGGAGGUCUCGAAGCAUUAGUCGGAGGCACAGGCGAAGCCGCAGUGCAUCUCGGUCCCCCAGGAGGAGGUUGUCCAGGUCUCCAUCGCCCAGACGUCACAAGAAAGAGAAGAAGAAGGACAAGGAGCGUGAGAAGGAGCGGGACAGAGACAGGAGGGAGGACAGGGACCGCAGCAGAGAUGAAAGAGAACGCUCCACAAGUAAGAAGAAGAAGAGCAAAGACAAGGAACGAGAUCGGGAACGCAAGUCCGACAGUGAGAAAGGAGAUGUUAAGUUAUCUCCACAGGUGACCCGGGAUUACGAUGAAGAGGAGCAAGGGUAUGACAGUGAAAAGGAAGGAGAGGAGGAUGACGACGAGAGGAAGAGCGACUCCGACUCUGCCUCAUCCCCCAAAGGCCCGGAGGAGAUGGAGAGAUCUGAGGGCCAGAUCCCCAAAAAGUCCAAACUGAAUGGGGACGACCACCAUCAGGAAGACAUGGAGAUGAGCGACUAAGAACAUCCCGAACCAGACCGUAUUAUCUUUCCACUAUCCUCUUUUAUAUUUUUAAUAUAGGCCACAACAUGUCUGUGCCUGAUCACGCAAAGUUAAAACGAUUUGUUGUCUUAACUGUAGAAGUGUCGGGGAAGGAGCGGGUGUAGAGGGAAACAGUCAAAUAAUUUUUGUAAAGACAAAAAACAAGGACUAAAAUACGAAUAACAUGAGACAUGGUUUUAAAUUGUCAUUGCUGUACUUUUUUAAGAUCCUGUUGAUUUUUCUUUUUGUUGCCUUUGUGUUGGAACUUUGUCCUCCUGACGGUAGAGUAUGCAGCGUUUGACACUACAAUGCUGUCCAUGUAAAUAUUUUACUAGUCGGGGUUGAGUCCUUUCUUUCUUCAGACUGUUAGUCACCCGCCGCCCAGCACCAACCUCAUGGUAAAUUUUUGGUUGCUGAACCAUUUUGCUUUAACUGUAAAUGCACCAAGUCGUGUUUCAGCUGACCUUCCUAUUUACAGCCCUUUGUAAGUGUACACUGUAGAUUGAAAUGUGUGUUGCGAUGAAAUACAAUAGGUUUUCCAAAGGAAACGAAUAAAAUUGGGUCAAACUGUCAA